GGCAACCGGAGCUCAGCGCGCUGUAGAAGUGCAGCGAAGGGCGUUCUGCAAACCGCGGACACAUAACGUUUCUUUUGCCCUCGGGGAUCAAUCGCAGACCUUUGACCCGAGACCGCUUGUGCUCUGUGGAAACGGGAUAGUCUUCCAGCAAAGCAGUCCUCAGAGCCAACCCAGGAGCCCAGCGUGGAACAGAACGUGCACAGCCAUGACGACUGAAUUUAAACAUAUCUCACAAGAAAUCAUUGAGACUCUGCUGUCAAACCUCUUCCUGUCGUGCUUGCUGGCCACUGUGGGGAUCGCUGCUCUGGUGUGGUACAUCAGGGACUCCCGCAAAGUGGACUGCAUCCAUGACAAACACGUGUUUGUGACAGGCUGUGACUCGGGCUUUGGGAACCUUCUGGCUUGCCAGCUUGACCAGAAGGGCUUCCGCGUCAUCGCUGCAUGUCUCACAGAGAAAGGUGCCACCAGCCUGAGAGCAAGCGCCAGCUCCAGACUGAAGACGAUCCUGCUGGACGUCACAGACAGUGUCGCUAUUGACAGGGCUGUGGAAGUGGUGCGUGGCGAGGUCGGGGGGCGAGGUCUCUGGGGUUUGGUGAAUAAUGCAGGUAGGUCUAUGCCCAUUGGCCUGGAUGAGUGGAUGCAGUUGGAGGACUUUCAGAAGGUCCUUGCUGUGAACCUCAUUGGGAUGAUAGAGGUCACUCUUAAGUUCCUCCCGCUGCUGAAGAAGGCCCAAGGCAGGGUUGUUAACGUGGCUAGUGUCCUUGGAAGGCUCUCUGUGAUUGGUGGAGGCUAUUGCCUGUCCAAAUGGGGUGUGGAAGCCUUCUCAGAUGGCCUGAGGAGAGAAAUGCAAUUUUGGGGUAUGAAAGUCAGUAUCAUUGAGCCUGGCUAUUUCAAGACAGAAGUGACCCGUCUGGACCUUAUUGAGGCAAAUAUGGAGCGAUUGUGGCAUCGGCUCCCGGCAGAGGUUGCAGCUUCAUAUGGUGAAAAGUAUGUAGAAAAAUUCAAUAAAGUGCAGAGGUUCUACAUGAACAUCCUGUGCAGUUCGGACCUUUCAAAGGUGACAUGGUGCAUGGAACAUGCCCUGACAGCCAGACAUCCACGAACCCGGUAUGGAGCAGGCUGGGAUGCCAAGCUCUUCUGGAUCCCCCUGUCUUACUUCCCAGCAUUCAUUACUGAUUUGUUGCUUCGGGCUAUCCUUCCAACCCCUUCAGUCAAAUAAGUUGUAUUUGUACCCAUAAUUGUAUUGUUUAUGAGUAGAAGCAUGCUGAUGUUCAUCAGAAGCAUCUUUUGUUCUUGUGCUUCACUAUAAGCUUCUGCGUAACUGGUUGCAAUGGGUAACAGUGAAAAGGCAAAAUAAACAAAAAUGUUAAAACUGAUUAUAUGAAAUUAGUGACUUCUGAAAGUUUCGUUGAAAAUGGUUAAAGUAGAAAAGAAUCUUUGUAAUGGACUUGCAUCUCAUCAGUGCCACAUUAUGGUGAGUCUCUAUGGUAAAAUAAGAAAUUUAUUAGAUUUUCUUCAGCAGCAUCAUUUUAUCUUCCAGUUUCUGUUGUCUAUCUACAAAGACCUUUAAGCAUACAGAGUAAUCUACACAUUAAAACAGUAUUUUUCUUCUUGUCUUCUUUUGACAUUAUUUUACAAAAUUUAUCAUUGCAUUCAGUAUACUGUAAUAUCCAGUAUUCACAUAAGCUCAUUUACACAUGACAAAUACCAUGAUUAAAGUUUUAACAUUUCUGCAUCUGUAUGUAAGCUUAAGUGUGCAAAUUACCCACAGUGGAAUGCACUAGACUCAAUUAAAACUGCUUUGUUCAAGUAUUGUCCUAGGUAACAUCUGAAAAGAAUCAAUAAUGUUGUGCUUUUGCUAUGUUUUCCAAAAAAAGCAAUUACACAUUUCCAGUAAUUUUUUUUGUGCAAGCUGUCCAACUAUUUCAUUUAGUUGUUGUCACUCAGACCUUACAAGCUAAGGGACUGCAGAACAAACAGGACAGGAUAUUUGUCUUUAAAGGUCACCAAUGAAUACAUGCUCAGUUUUAACUAGGACAUCUUGAUCUAUUAAUAGUUCUAUUCACAUAGAAAUUCUGUGCUAUUCACUGCAUUUAAAAGAUUGUAUUUAAAAGUGUGUUAAGUAUUGCAUAUAACAGGAAAGAUCUGAAUUUGAAAUAUUUGGCUGUACCUGGAAAAUAUGAAAUGGAAGUUUUACAGAUACCCUUGGUCUAUCCUUGGACAAUAUCUACAAUAAAAUAUUGAAAAGGUUAAACAUAUAUCUGAAGAGCUAAACAUGAUAAACAUAUCUUUGUUUUGUUUCAUUUUGUUUCCAGCCCAGAAAUGAGGUAUAUAAACAGGCAUGAUGAAAUGUAUACAUUCUCUUUCCAUGUUCAUCUAAUGUAUGAGCAUCUUUAAAUAACAUACAUUUAUAUAUGCAAUGCACUUAUUC